CAUUCGUUGUCAGUUGUCAUUGCAUCAGCAUUAGGAUCCUGUGGACAAUAGACUCUCUUCUCUUUCAAUAUGAAGGUGACACUGAUCAUGGUCCUGAUGGCCGUCGUUGGCCUCUCCUCUGCCUACUCCCUCGGCGAUGUCUACGAGAAGCUCCAGCGUGUUGAAAGGGACAUGAGCUCCGGGAGCACCGGGACGAGUAUGUCCUUAGAGAAAGUAGAGAAAAGAGACAUCAGCGGGGGGAGCGGAAGCAUGUCCGUGGAGAGAAUAGAGAAAAGAGACAUCAGUGGAGGAAGCAGUUCCUUGGAAAGCAGGGAGAAACGUGAUGCCUUCGCUGUCUCUCACGACCUCGAUCUGAGGCGCCUCAGGAGAAGCGCCAGUUCCGGCAGUGGCAGCUACAGCAUUGAAGAGUGAGGAUUCCUCUGAGGAAGGGACGACUACCGCUUGUUGAACAAGGACUCUAAUGUGACGGCGCUGACCUUCGCCAAACGACCUGACCACCAUUUGGCUCUGCUCAUUUCAAUCAGGAUAUUUCCAAGAACAUUCAAAACUCUUUACCUUAACUUCAUUAAGACACACAAUUGGCAAAAUAGUAUUUU